AUCGCGGCCGAGAGCGUCCCCGCCGAUGCCGUCGCCCGACCGCGUGGUGGCGGCGCUGCGCGGCGUGUCCGCGGCCGGUGGCCCCGUGCACGAGCACGUCACCGCCCUGGUGGCGCUGUGGGGCGAGCUCCUGCUCAGGGACAUCGCGCAGCCCGUGGCCGUGGAGCGCGGUGGUUGCUGUGGUCCCGCCCCCGCCGCCGGCCCGGAGUGCUUCCCACUCACUUCCGGCUCGCAGCCCAACGCCAACGCCACCUGCAGGGACUACGUCCGCUCGCUGCCCGCGCUGCACGACGACUGCAACUUCCAGCACCGCGACCAAAUGAACGUGGCCACCGGGUUCCUCGACGCCUCCUCCCUGUACGGCAACUCCGACGAGGAGGCUCAAAGCUUGCGCGCCCCCGAGGGCGGGCUCGUCAUCCUGGAGAACUGCAGACUGUGCCAGACUGUGGGGUCCGGUAUGUCCACGCUGGCCUCGCUCUUCCUACGCGAGCACAACCGCCUGGCCGUGCGCCUGGCCGCGCUCAACCCGCACUGGGACUCGGACACGCUGUUCCUCGAGGCGCGGCGACUGGUGGCCGCGCAGCUGCAGCACAUCACCUACAGCGAGUUCCUGCCCACCGUGCUGGGCGAGGUGACGAUGGAGUCGUGGGACCUGACCCCGCGCGACCACGGCCACUACACCGGCUACUCGAGCGGCGUGCACGCGGGCGCGCUGUCCGAGGUGGGCGUGGCCGCGCUGCACGCCUUCAGGUCCAUGGUGCCGCCCGCGCUCGUCAGCAACACCACGGCCCCCGGCCGCAUGGACGCGCUCGACGAGCACCGCUUCACGCGCAUGGUACACGCCGUCACCAGCUCGCCCGCGCUCCGGCCCAGCCUCCGCAUGUCCGCUCAGCCGCGCGCCGACCACCGCCAAGACUGGGACCCCGCCGUGCUGUUGCUGCACCGGGGCCGUGACCACGGGCUGGCUUCGUACCCCAACUGGGUGAGCUUCUGCACCCAGGGCACGCCUCUCGUCAAGAAGACGGACUUCUCCUUCCUCGCCGCACAGCAGGGUCUGUUUACCGAGGACAACCUAAAGCACCUCAAGAGCGUAUACAAGAGCGUGGGCGACGUGGACCUGCUCGCGGGCGCCUCCCUGGAGACCCCCGCCCAGGGCGCGGUGCUCGGGCCCACCAUGGGCUGCCUGCUGGCCGAGCAGUUCUCCGUCCUGCGGGCGGGUGACAGGUUCUGGUACGAGAACGACAUCCCACCUUCGUCUUUCUCCCGAGUGCAACUGGACGAGAUCCGAAGGGUGACUCUGGGCGGCGUCAUCUGCGCCAACACCCCCGACCUGUCCGAGCUCCAGCCACAAGCCUUCGUUCGCGAGGACCCCUAUCUCAACGUGCGCAUCGCCUGCGGCCUGCAGCCCUCGCUCCAGCUGUCCACGGCGUGGAAGGACCAGCGCAGCGCGGCCGCCUCCAUCCCCGAGGACCUGGUGCGCGAGGCGGUGCAGCGCGCCGAGAAGGAGCUCACCGCCCGGGCGCAGUUCGAGUACCGCAUGUGGGCCGACAAGGGUGCCGUGGACCCCAAGUCGCCGCAGGGCACCGCCGCCGCCUUCUCCAAGGCCAACAAGCAGGCCCUGCACAUGGCCAACUCGUCGCUGCUGCUGGAGUUCGCGUCAGAGGAGCUGCUCAACUCGCUGCAGACCGGCCCGAGCGCCGGCCCCGGCAACCGUCGUCGGCGUCAGAUCGUCGAGAACCUAAUCGGCUUCACCAGGGACGACAUCCUGAGCGGUGACGGACUGCAGGACAUCGACGUCCGCCCCUUCGUGAGCAGCUCGCCGCUGCAGCCCGACCCCAGCAUGUGCGCGGCGCCCAUCGCCGAGGACGGCCACCCGUGCGACCCGACCACCCCCUUCCGCACCUUCAGCGGGCACUGCAACAACCAGCGCAAGGUCGGCCUCGGCAAGAGUCUGACCACGUUCAACCGGCUGCUCCCGCCCGCCUACGAGAACGGCGUGUCCAGGCCCAGGCUCACCUCGGUGACGGGCUCGCCGCUGCCCUCCCCUCGCCUCGUGUCCACCAUGGUGCACGCCGACAUCAGCAACCUGCACACGCGCUACUCCCUCAUGGUCAUGCAGUUCGCCCAGUUCCUCGACCACGACCUCACCUUCACGCCUGUACACCGAGGCUUCUUUGCGUCCAUCCCCGACUGCCGCUCGUGCGACUCGCCGCGCACCGUGCACCCCGAGUGCAUGCCCAUCCCGGUGCCCGCCGGUGACCACUUCUACCCGCCCGUCAACCAGACGACCGGCGAGAGGCUGUGCUUCCCCUUCAUGCGAUCGCUGCCCGGCCAGCAGCACCUCGGACCCCGGGACCAGAUCAACCAGAACUCGGCCUUCCUGGACGGCAGCGUCGUGUACGGCGAGCAGGCGUGCCUGGGCCGCGACCUGCGCGCCUUCGUCGGCGGCCGCCUCAACGUGACGAUCCACCCGGUGCGCGGCAAGGACCUGCUGCCGCAGAGCCCCUCGCACCCCGAGUGCAGGGCGCCGUCCGGCUACUGCUUCAUCGCCGGGGACGCGCGCGCCAGCGAGCAGCCCGCGCUCACAGCCAUGCACACCGUGUGGAUGCGCGAGCACAACCGGCUCGUGGACGGGCUGCACGCCGUCAACCCGCACUGGGACGACGAGCGCCUGUACCAGCACGGCCGCCGCAUCCUGUCGGCCGCGCUGCAGCACAUCUCCUACAACGAGUUCCUGCCCCGAAUCCUGGGCUGGAACGCCGUCAACCUCUACGGGCUCAAGCUGCAGUCUCACGGCUACUACAAGGGCUACAGCCCCACAUGCAACCCCGCCAUCCUCAACGAGUUCGCCGCCGCCGCCUUCCGCAUCGGGCACUCGCUGCUGCGGCCCCACAUCCCCCGCAUGAGCCCCAGCUACAAGCCCAUCGACCCGCCCCUCCUCCUGCGCGACGGCUUCUUCAACCCGGACGCCAUCUACCAGGCGCACAUCGUGGACGAGAUCAUGCGCGGCCUCGUGUCCACGCCCAUGGAGAACCUCGACCAGUUCAUCACGGGCGAGAUCACCAACCACCUGUUCGAGGACAGGCGCAUCCCCCACUCUGGCAUCGACCUGGCGGCCCUCAACAUCCAGCGAGGUAGGUUGUUCGCAGAGG